GGCUAAGUUGACGUGUUUCGUAACAACGUGCGGAAACGGAUUCUCUAAAAAGGAAAGAAAACAUUGUUUCUUGGUUUUCAACUGAAAAAUUUUAAUAUUAAAGAAAAAUUUUGUGAAAAUUUAAAAGAUUUUAACAUUUUUGAAAAUGAAAUUUAAAGAAUUAUAACGAGUUUGAAAAAUUAAAAAUAAACGGUGUAAAAUAUAAUAACGAAUUUAUUACUCAAACAAUAAAAACAUAACUAGUGGCAUACUUACAGGCUAAUGCUAAAACACAAAAUUAAAGCAUAUUUCUAGGCAAAUAUUAUAUAAAUGAUAUAUUAAGAAAACAAAUUGUGUUCUUUAAACAAAAAUAAAAAAGUAUAGUUAAAAAUUUUGCACAUUUAUUUAAGCGCUAUUAAUUCUAGGUUUUGUAAAACAAAUUUACACUUUUGAUUUCGUGAAAGUAAAUAAAAGUAAAAACAAAAUCUUAACGAAACAUAAAAGCAACAAAACAUAUAUAAAAACGAAAUAAUAAAAACAAAACAAAUAUCAAUAAAAAAAAACAGUGAAAAUAUAAAAUUAAAAGAAAAACCUAGCACAACAAAAGGCAUUUUUUUAUUUAAGCCCCACAAAAGCUGCUGCCAAAGAGAAAAAAAAUAAAAAUUUAAGAAACCUACCCAAUACAAACCCUUAUAAAAGGAAAAAAAGAAAAAUAAUUUAAACGAAAAUUCCUAACUAAAUAGACCAAUUUUUCGUUUGUGGUUUAGAAAUUUUUUGUUGAUUUUAUUUUGGUGAUUUAAAAAAAAAAGUGUGUUUCAUUCUACGAUACAAAUUCUUAACGGAUACUUUUUCCUGUUUGUAUGUUAAGCAAACAAAAACAAUCUUCAAACUUUAUAUCAACAGCCAACCGUAUUUGAAAAUUUACUUUUCUUCUAUAACUUAUUCACAAGUAUUUAAACUAAACAACGAAAUUUACACAGAAUUUUAAUCAUUAAAAAAAUGAAAUCGUUUGCCAUGUAAUAAAAUUACUGCCAUUCGUUCAACUGCAGAAACACACACAAAUAAAAUUGUUCAAUAACAAUUAAAUAAUUAUUAAAAAAAGAUUGUAAUAAAAAUUAACAGAAAUAUAAUAUAAUUAAUUGAUUUUUUCCCCAAUGUAUUUAGUAAUGAUUAAAUGGUAAUUAUAAAAAAAUGAAAAUUCCCUAAAAGUAUGUUAUAUAAAAGAAAUUUUAAUGCAAUUAACAGCUUAAUAAAAUCAGUGUUGACCUUAGGCUUUAAUUUAAUAAUAAAAUUAAAUGAACAAAAUGUUAAAAUAAUAUUAAACUAAAGUUAAAUAAAUACAAUAUUAUUAACUAACUGAAAUCAGUGUAAAAAAACUAUAAAAACAAAUUAAAGAAAAAGUUAGAAAAUAAAUAGUUUAAAAACAUUCACCAACUUGUUAAGCCUUAAGAUAGGCUCUGUUUUCUAGUGGAAAAAACGAAACUUUUUACAAAACACACACACAAUAAUGCCUUUAACUAAUUUUAACAACUACAACAAACAAUAUUAUUACGGUUCUUCUUAUAUAGAAGAUGAAGAUAAUAAAACAACAACAGCAGCAACACUAAAACAACUACCACCAAAAGCAACAAUAUCAACUAAAGCACCAGCCACUAGCAUCAGCCACACUUUCGCUAAAAUGCCUGCUAAAUAUGCUAAUGCCACUUUUACUGCAACACAUACAAAACCAAUUUCAGAGACAGCAACAACAAUAAUACCAACUAAAAGCUCAUCAUUGUUGUUGACAUCAUCAGCAACAACAACAAAAUCUUUAGAAGUUAUUGCAGCAUCAUCAUCGUUUUUAGGUGUUGCUGUAACGUCUUUACCCUUGUCGUCGUCUUUUGCAUCUACGUCAGCCUGUUCACUUUCCGGUGCUGCAGCAGUUUAUCCACAAAUGAAAAAGUAUUGUCGUCGUUUUUUAUUCGUAAUUAGCCUCGUUUGUUUACUGCACUCAUGUCUAUUGUGGAACACCGCUGAAGCUGCCAUUUCAAAUCGAGCUACCAAUAGUCGGCCGCUGAGCAAUGCACCACAAAGUUCAUUAUCGGGGCCUCAGCCACGUUUUCUCUCGCGUGGUCAUACAUAUCGUGCUGUAGUGGGUGAUACCCUGGUUUUACCCUGUCAAGUGGAAAAUUUAGGAACAUUUGUCUUAUUAUGGCGUCGUGGUAUAAAUGUUUUAACCGCCUCUAACAUAAUGGUGACAAGGGAUGAACGUAUAAGACUGAUAGAUGGUUAUAAUUUAGAAAUUUCCGAUUUGGAACCACAAGAUGCUGGUGAUUAUGUCUGUCAGAUAAGUGAUAAAAUAAAUCGCGAUCAAGUGCAUACAGUGGAGAUACUGGUGCCCCCUAGUGUACGUGCCACUCCCACCUCGGGUAAUUUACAGGCCCGCAAAGGUGGCCCGGUUACUUUGGAGUGCAAGGGUUCGGGCAAUCCUGUACCCUCUAUAUAUUGGACAAAAAAGAGUGGUGCUGGCAAAUCAACGGCUCGUAUUGGCGAUGGUCCAAUUUUAACAUUGGAAAAAGUGGAACGUCAACAGGCUGGCGUUUAUCAAUGUACCGCAGAUAAUGGUGUUGGUGAACCAGUUAGUGUCGAUAUACGCUUGGAUGUUUUAUAUCCUCCUGAUAUACAAGUGGAAAAAUCUUGGAUUCACUCUGGUGAAGGUUUUGAGGCAAAACUUGUCUGCAUUGUUUAUGCUGAUCCCAUUGCAACGGUAUCCUGGUAUCAAAAUUCAUUUUUAAUACAAACAACCGAUAGACGUAUAAUGUCAUCAAGAGGAAAUCGUCAUACCUUAACCAUAAGACACAUACAACAAGAAGAUUUUGGCAACUACAGCUGUGUCGCUGAUAACACAUUGGGUCGUUCACGCAAAUAUAUGGAAUUAUCUGGUCGUCCUGGCCCCGCAGAAUUCUAUUCACCCAAAUGGGGUCGUUCAUCGGACAGUUAUAAUCUUACAUGGAAAAUUGAUAGUUAUCCACCAUUGGAGGAAGUACGUUUACUCUAUAGACGUGUUUUGAUGAAUGAUACAUUCCAACAUCCAGGUAGAUGGCAUGAUUUUAUACUUACACCCGAACAUCGUCCAGCCUCGGAACCUCUGACACACAUUAUGUCAUACACAAUAAAGAAUCUUGUACCCGGAGCAUAUUAUGAAGCCAUUGUACAGGCAAAAAAUCGUUAUGGUUGGAAUGAGGUCAGUGACAUAUUUCAGUUUAUCGUGGCCAGCAAUAGCAUGGAUAUACCACCCGAAGAAUCUGAAGUUGUUGCCAGUUCUAAAUCACGCAGUAAUGCUGCAUCAUCUUCUGCCCUGCAUACAUACACAUUAAAACAUUUGCAACUAAUAUUGUAUGCAUUUGUCGCCACAUCACUGUUCAGCAGUUUAUGUCAAAAGAGACGUCAAUUUUGGGGUUUAGGACAAGAAAACAGCCUUGAAGUAUGAUGGUCAACAAUUGUGGCAUUACGAAAUAUUUAUACAGUUAAGAA